AUGGCCUUCAGAGGACCUCAACCCUGGGUCCCUGCAUACCUGCUGAACAGGAGGCUGAAGGUAGAGGAGAAGACCCUGGACUUGGAAUUGAAGGUCUUGAGUGUGGGGUUUAAUGAAGAGGGCAGUUAUGCCCUGAUACUGUCAGCUGAGAACCCCCUGCAGGCCAGCUCUGGGGCAGGGGUUCAGAUGCAGGUAAAUGAUGGGGACCCCCUCCCUGCCUGCUCUGCUGUCACCGAUGUCAUUGAGCAGCAGCAUCCUGACCAGAGCAUCACCCUCACCAGGAAUAAGCUUGUCUUUACUUUGCCCAAAGGUACAAAUUUCUGCAAGAAUGACAGGCAGCUGUGGGUAGAGGCCCCGAGGCUGGGUGGGGUCUCUGGCCAGGUGGCCCGACUGGUGAGGGAGGCCAUCUUCCCCACCUACCAGUGCCUAGACCAUUCCUGCAUGAACCUUUCUGCUCAGGGGCACCAGGACCUGUAGCGCUACUGCAGCAACCUGGCUCUGCUCCAGGCCAGCGAGAACCCCACUGGCUGCCACUGUGGGGGCCUGGCCUACAGUGUGGCCUUCUAUGUGCACGGGCCUUUUCAGCCUUCGGAGGCUGACUGUCCUCUGGAGACAGAACUGAUGUCACCAAAGGACCCCCUGGACACCACCCAGACUGUGGAAUCUGUCAUCAGCCACCUGUCUCCUUCCAAUAAAGAGAUCAUCACAGUCACUCUCCAUGGGGCCACCAACCUCCCUGCCUGCAAAGGUGGCUCUGAGCCAUGGCCCUACGUGGUAGUGAAAACCACGUCUGAGGAAGCAAAGAACCAGAACUCCAAGGCAGUCACAUCUGUGACCUCGGAGCCUAGCAAAGCCCCCACCUGGGGGGACACAGUCACACUGGAGGUCCAAGCUGAGGAUGUGGGGCAAGAAGAUGUGAUCAUUAAGGUGGUGGACAACAGGAAAAAAGAGGAGCUAUUGUUUUAUCAAAUCCCCAUCAAGUACCUGCAUGUCUUUCACCCCUACCACUUUGAGCUGGUGAAGCCCACAGAGACUGGGAAAGCUGACGAAGUCACUGCCAAGACCCAACUGUAUGCAACAGUUGUCCGGAAGGGCAGCUUCAUCCCCCGCCAAGCCGGCUGUAACCUGACAGCUCUGGAGGUCUUUCUUCGGGGAAUCAACGAGCCCCUAAGCAACAACCCCAGCCCCAUGGUGGUCAUUGCCCGGGUGGUUCCCAACUACAAGGAGUUUAAGGUCAGUCAGAUGAACAAGGACCCAGCCUCCCUGGGGUUGCCCAUCACCCCACUCUCCUUCCCUAUUCCAUCCGUGAUAAACUUCGAUGUUCCUCAGGUCAACAAGAACGGGUGCCCUCAGCUGUCCAAGCCCGGGGGACCCCCAGAGUUGCCCCUGUGGAAUCAGUCCUUCCUCUUCCAAGGCCGAGACGGAGCCACCAGCUUCUCAGAAGACGCCGCCCUGGUGCUGGAGUACUACUCCUCAGCUUCAAUGAAAGGCGGUGAGUCCUGGACGUUCAGCAAACCCUUGGGCGUCUCCGUGUUGCCAUUAAAGAGCUGUCUGUACCGCAGGAUGCUGAGAGGGAAAGGCCUGAAUGGGUUGCGAAUAGAGAGGCUCCCCAUCACCGACACCAAGCUGAAAACCAUAAGUGGUGAGGCCCCCACAGUGGAUCUCUCCUUUCAGCUGCUUUCCUCUGAGAGGCCAGAAAACUUCUUAACACCAAACAACAGCAAAGCUCUGCCCAUCCUGGACCCUCAGAUCUUAGAUGAAAAGCUGAGUUUCAGCCAUGAGUCCUUGUCCAAGGCCACAGUGAGCUCCACGAUGAACUCCAGCACAUCCACCCGUCAGGAAGCAGAGGAAGAGCCUCACAGUCCCCGGACGUCCCGUGAAAUGGAGAUAAAGAGCUACCAACGAGCCAUACAGACGAUGGCUGAGGACAUCCUGUUGCUGCGGAAACAAGCCAUUGUCCUGAGGGCAGAGAACCACGCCCUGAGGAGCCACCUGACCCAGGAGGAGAUGGAAGAGGAACAGGACAAUGCCGAUAAGACCCAGAAGCUGGUGUCCAUGAAGCAGAAACUGCUGCUGAGUAAGCUUGACAUGAAGAAACUGAGAGACAAGGUGCAGCAUCUGCAGAACGAGCUGAUUCAAAAGAAUGAUCGAGAGAAGGAGCUGCUUCUCCUGUACCAGGCUCAGCAGCCACAGGCUGCACUACUGAAGCAGCUCCAGGACAAGCUGCGGAAGAUGCAGGCGCUGGAGGAGACUGUGAAGCACCAGGAGAAGGUGAUUGAGAAGAUGGAGCGGAUGCUAAAGGACAAGCUUCAGGAGAGGAAUGAGACCCUACCCAACAAUCUACAGGGAAAGCCCAGCAUGGCCUUCCCCAAGCUCUCAGCCUCUGGACUUCCCCAGGGUCCUACAGGAGAGAACCUGCCUUUUGACCUUUACUCAGUGCUGCUGGCAGAAAACUCGAGGCUGCGAGCAGAGCUGGAUAAGAGCCACCACCAGUCGGCCCCCAUCAUUCUGCAGCAGCAGGCCCUGCCGGAUCUUCUUGCCAACACUUCAGACAAGAUUAACCUCCUAGCUAAGCUGGAACAGGCUCAGAGCCGGAUCCUGUCUCUGGAAAGCCAGUUAGAGGACUUAGCUCAACGCUGGGGACGAAAGAAGCAGGACUUGGCCACACAGCUGCAGGAGCAAGAGGACGACUUGGGCCACCCCUCAAACUCCAACAACACAGACCUGCCCAAUCCCUCAACGCACACCAAGGACUAUAAGCAACCCUCAAAUCUGGACCCCUUGAUGCCCAGCUCAGAGACUGAAGUCAUCAAGCCCUCAAACUCCAGCAGAUCUGAGUUCCAACAGGGCAGCCUCGGAGUGCCCAGCUUCCUCUUCCCAGACCCCGUUCUGGGCCUGGGCCCUCUGCUGCAGCCCAACAGACUCCUGCCUCCCAUCUCUAGAGAGCCAAAGGCCAUAGUGGACCCAGGAGGGAGGGGAGAAAAGUCCUUCCAAAGCAAGAACCAAGGAGACAAGCUCCUUCCAGACCUCUGGAAGAAGCGAGACCGCCAGAGGCCAGCUCUGUUGGAAGAUGCCUCAACCCUGGCCGUGCCCAAGACUCUGGCUGGACCUUGGCAGAAAGUCCUCAUGACCCACCUGGAGCUCCUACCCAAAGUUCAGCCAAGCAGUACAGUCACUGUGCAAGCCACACCUCUGAUAGCACAGGAGCAAUAG